ACUAAAGUAGGCUAGGUGGAAGUUGAACGGGAUGGGCACUACGCCAGUUGCAGAGCUCUCUCACGCAGAGAGAGAGAAUAGGAGAAAACUUGAGAGAACCUGAAUAAAAAAAUAGAGAUUGGAGAGAGGGAGAAGGAUCUAAUGCCAGUGCUGGGAUUCGUUCGGCUUCUCUGAAUUCCAAGGAUCCUCCGAAUUUUAUUUAUUGCCGCCCUUCGAAUAAGGGGAGGCCUUCUGCUCUCCUCCCAUUGGCAUCAAGGAAAGAGCGCAGGGUAGGAGCGAAAGGGCACGAAUCUUGUUGGUGUUCUCGUUCUCCGUGUCCCGGAGGAGGAGGAGGAAGAGCGUGGGAGAGCCAGGAAAAGAGAGGACUUGCUUCUGGGAUUUUGUUGCGGAGGGAUGAUGCUGGCAUCAUUGCAUCAUUGAUAUCUUGGAUUUUGGAUGCUUCGGAGCUUCCUAGGUGGUCAAAAACAAUGGUUGCCUUAGAUGCUAUCCCAAAUAUUUGUUGAAUUUAUGGUUUUUCUCGGACCGUUCUGUUGUGAUCAGGAUUUGUUGUCUGCUAAAAAAGUUUUUAUCUAGUUGUGAAAUUAUAAGCUUGAGGGCCCUGACUGUUCCAAAAAGAAACGGGGCAGCGAUCAGUGUAGGUUUCUUUAGGGUAGAACAUAGUGUAAUCUGGACAGGGCAAAGUAAAUUAUUGUCUUAGUAUAUCGAUGGCAGCUGAUUCGAAUAUGGGCUUUCAGCAAGGGACCAUUCCAUCCUCCUUUUACAAUCGACACAUGGUCUCUUUCCAGUCAGGGGCAAUCAAUAGUGCCACAGUGAUGAUUUCUGGGGGCAUGAGCAGGUCAGGUUUGAACAGCAACACUCCUGGGAUGUUCCUGCCUGGUAACCCCAGCAUGACUAACACUAUGCCUGCAAUAAGUACACCUGGAAGCUCUUCAAGCAGUGUUCAUCUCGAUCAUGUUCAUAGGUUUAAGCCUGGUACUGUGUCUGGUUCAGAUUGGUCUGCUCAAGAAGUUGCUAAAUUGAAUGAGGGUAUUAUCAAAUAUGCUCACGAACCGAAUUUUAUGAAGUAUAUAAAGAUAGCAGCUAUGCUUCCAGAAAAGACUAUAAGAGAUGUUGCAUUGAGGUGUCACUGUACGAGUAACAAGGAAAGUGGUAAACGACGGAAGCCUGAAGAACAUUAUGUAGGAAAGAAAAUAAAAGACACAAAGGGAAAGAUGGUGGCUUCUUCCCCAACAGCAAAUAUCCGAUUAGACAGCAUGUCCCCCUAUUCGCUUAUGGUGCAUAAUAUGAACUGCAGUGAUCAGUUUGAAGGCUCAGCUUUUGAUGGUGCAAUGCAGCAUCUUCUGGAUGAAAAUGUUCAAGUUUUAGGCCACAUUUCAGCAAAUCUUGCUACAUUCAAGAUACAGGAGAACAUCAAGUUAUUUCUUCACACAAGAAACAACUUUAUAUCCAUUUUGCAUAGAAUAAGUGAGAUGCCUCCAAUAAAUAAUCUGGUACCUGGGAUAAUGAGACCAUUGCCUCCUUUGCCAUCGUCGAUCAAUGAGGAACUUCUCAAAGCUGUUGUCUCUUUUAACAGAGAGGAUGCUAUUUAUGGUACACCAAACGGCAUGAAUUCAUAGCAGGAGCCAAGAUGCUGACAACCAACCGAAGGAUGAGGUAUGAACAGGUUCGUGUAAUUACUCAAAAAUCUUCUGUAAAUUUAGCCGAGUGGUGAGAACUUUCUCUAUUAUGUAAAAAUAUCUUCCAAGAGGAAGAUCCCAUUACACAAUGGAGAAAUACAUUAUGCUGACCCGAGCACCACGUAAUAAAAGGCUCUGCUGACCCGAGCACCGGAAUCAAAGGCUCUCCCUUUUCUGGUCAUUUGAGUAUAACCUGAUUUUGUAUGUACGGUAUCUUGUAUGAAGCUUGUAUAUCUAUGCUUCAUAAAGGGAGAGAAACCUUGGAAUGAAAACAUUUUUGGUGCUUUCAUGUCAU